UGUUUACAGAUAUCUGUCGCUUCAUAACCUGACAAAGGUCGCCUGCGCAUGCAGGAAGCAACGCAUCUAACUCCUACUGUGUAUUGAAAGAGUUAACAAGUUAAGAAGGCAGCAAACCGGAUACAGUAUUGAGCGGCAGGAGCUGAAGCACUGUGAGGAUAACCAGGGAAGUUCUGAACCCUGCUGAAAAAUUAAGAGGCACCACAGUAUCCAACUGUCAUCUGCAUUAAUAAAGCUUUCUUUCUUUUGAGUAAAACACAGCUUAGCAGAACUUUCUUUGCAGGCUGACUACAACCAUAAGAGACCUGAAAGAAAAAGAGAAAAAUGAACAGAACUCUGAGACCUUACAAAAGAUGCUACGAGGAUGAACCAACCGAUAACUUAUAUACCUUGUGUAAACUGAGAAGAACAGUGGUACCACAAAGAAACCAAGGAUACCUGCAGCACCAGUUUCACUCUGCAGCCAAAGAGAUAGUCAGAAAGACAUAUGAACUUGAUAGGAUUGCUGAUGCCAUUGAUAAACUCCACCUAACAAAUAAGAAAGUGGCUAUUGGUGGUAAUGUGGCUAGUGUCACAGGCUGUGCUGUAGGCCUGGCAGGAUUGGGACUGUCAUUGGCGCCAUUUACAGCAGGAAUAUCAACAGCUGUGUUCUUUGUUGGUGGUGCUGCUUGUGCAGUAGGGAAAAUCACAAAUGGAAUUUCACUCGCCCAUAAAACUAUGAAAACUGAGAGCUAUGUAAAAAGUGUCACAGACAUUUUAAAAGAAAUUAAGAACACUAAUAAAAAUUUGCAGGAUAUUAUAAACGAAUUUCAGACUGCACAUGGAAUAGAUAUUAUGUCAUGUAUUACUGCUUUUUCUAAUACGGCUGUUAAAUUAGGUCUGAGAGGCAAAGCAUUCAGCAAUGUCUUCUCAUUGCUUGAAAAGUCUGUUGAGGAUAUAACAAAAGAUGCACUGAAAUCUGAGGACAUGGCUAAAUCAACCAAGCCUGUAAAUACAUUUUCACUCACAAGUGUAUCUAACCAAGACAAGUUAAUAAUAGGUGCUGCCAUACUGUUUGAAAUGGCUUUUGAUCUGGGUCAGAUAAUGAAAGAUUGCAAUGACGUGUGUGAGGGUUGUAGCACUGAGCAGGCAAAGCACAUACAUGACAUAGCUAAAAAAAUAAGAGACCAAGUUCUUGCUAGCCAAACUGCUGUGAGAGCUAUUGAUGUUUAUUAAAAUGAAUUACUUAAAACAAUGUCAAAAUGUAGCCUAUAGAUUGGAAGGAAUUUGUAUGAUUAUUUUGAACAGCUACCUAGCAAACCAGGAGUAAAGGCAACUUAGGUUCAUGGGUGUUUACUAGGCUAACGACCACAAGGGCCUUUUUAAGCCUAGCCAUGCAUUCCAAAUCUCUGACAAGUUCUGAUACC